UAUUAUCGGGUCGGGUCCUGGGUGCAACCGCUAUAAUUUGGAUCCGGAACUGAUAAUGAGUAAAAUAUGGGGUCAAAAUAACAGGAACCGAAUGGGUCUAUAAACCCUAAAACCCCUUCGAAACUGAAAAUUCUCCGUUCUUCAAGCGAGAGCAAAAAUUCAGCAGAAAAACAGAGAGGAAGAAAGGGAACAAUAAAAUCUCGAAAUGGGUUUUGUCAAACCCCUAUGCUCAAACUCCAGAGCCCUAUCUUCCCUCUUUUCAAAAACCCCCUCCAACAUUUCCGUCGUCACAAAACCAAAACCAGUAACCACCAAGAAACCUUCACUCUAUUCCCUCUUCAUAACAAAUCCCUCCAAUCUCUCAGACCCUGGUAAAUCCUCAACAAAUUGGAAACUACCCAUCAAGGACUCUGCUUCAAAAUCUUCCCAUCUUUCAAGCCCCAUGAGAUCCUCCACAAAUGGGAAAUUACUCAUCAAGGACCCUGCUUCAAAAUCUACCCAUCUUUCAGACCCCAAGAUUUCCUCAACAAAUGGAAAAUUACAGAGUAAGGACAGAACUGCAGGGGAAGAGGAGGAGUCUCCUAUGGAGUUGUCGCUGGAAGCGAAGAUGCUUGUUUGCAGAUUGAUGGAAGAUGGAUAUUUGAAAAAUGGGACUCUUUGCCGGACCUGGGAGGCAUUUGAUGUUCAGAAGAUUCCUACAAAUUUGUGUUUUCGGAAUUUCUUGAAGACUGCGGCUGAGAAGUUUGGAAGGGAUUGUCAAGAAGUUGCUAAAUGGUUGUCUGGAAGCGACUUAAAAAAGAUUGCGCUCUUUGGUUGCCCAUCAACAGAGAGAAAGUCAGUGUUUGCAGCCAAAAGACUGCGUGCAUUCUUCCACAUUCAAGAAGAAGUUGUAUGCCGGGCUUGCACACUGAGAACCUCAUGCAAAUUUAUGAACAAGAAAGUGGGCACAAUGAACAAAGUGAUACUAGAAGAUGUAAUGAGACUAAUUACUGUCUAUACUUUGGAUUCAGUCCCAAGCCAAAUGGUGAUACCUGAUGAAGUGAAGUUUUCUGUUAGCAAAUUGGUGAAGGCGUUACUUAACCUGACUGAAUGAUGGAAUCUGAAACCAUUUCUUUUGCUAUAACACCACUAUGGAUAGUAGCAUAUCAAAUUGAGAAAUUUGUUGAUAACCCACUUGGGACGAUCUGUUAGAAACAUCCGAAUUGUAAGUGGUCAUUGUCAUGCUGAUCAUGUGUAGGGUGUUAAAGAGCAUAGCCCCCAAUCUCAUCAGCAUUCCAAAGGUUUGGUGCCAUGAAAGGGAUAAUUAAGAUGGCAUCAGAGGUUCAUCUCACUGGUUAAGCAUUAAAUUGUGAGUUUCAGAUUUUGGCCAUGAAAAAGUUCAAACUGCAAGGUCAUGUUAGAAUAUAAUUCUCAACACUCAACACAACUGCGAAGUUUUGGUGCAGUAGGAGGGAUCUUUAAUGUAGAGCAUGUCAUAACUUUGUGCUUCAAAGAUGAGGUAAAUCUUAAUGCAAGCUUUGUCUUUUCUUAUUUUGUGAUAAAUUUUAUUUAUAGCUAUUCUUCGUUUUGUAAUGUAACUACAAUGCUGACAGCUAUAGAUGCUAUCUUUACCUUGUGGAA